GUCCGCAAGAACCAAGGAGCAGCAUGAGCGGUCGCAUCAGCCGUCUUGGACACACCGCGUACCAUGUCGUGGACGCCAAGGGACAAGUCGUAGGUCGCCUGGCAUCUCAAUUGGCCCCCAUCCUGCGGGGAAAGCACAAACCCACGUACAUGCCCAACGUGGACUGCGGCGACGUGGUCGUAGUGUUGAACGCCGAGCACAUUGUGCUGACCGGUAACAAGUGGAGCGACAAGCUGUACAGAUGGCACACGAUGUACCCUGGUGGUCUGAAGACCCGCACGGCGCAGCAGAUCAAGGACAAGGACACGACCGACAUCCUUCGCAAGGCCGUGAUGGGCAUGUUGCCCAAGAACAAGAUGCGCGCGUUGCAGGUGGACAAGUUGAAGAUCUUCCCUGGCGACGAGCACACGUUCCACGCUGAAUUGGGGCCCAACCCCAAGUUCCUCUAGAGUCAUUCCAGGAAGUACUAUAUAACAGAAUUCAUCAACACGACGUCAUUCAACAUGGAUA